UCGAUAAACGAUAAGCAAAGUUGAUAACAAGAAAGUACGUCGUCCCUCAAAAUAAAUAAAUAAAGUCAAUUAAAUAAGUGACAGAAGCAAGACAAGAAUGUCUGCAUCUGCGUCGGAAGAUCAAGAAGUAGACGUAAUGUACGGAUUGCAAAAUGUUUUGACUAAAAUUCAGGCGGCAGUUGCCAGAAGGGCCAAAGAUUUCCCUCAAAUAACACCAAGACUGGUGGCUGUAUCAAAAAUAAAACCAGCGGCGCUAAUAGUCCAAGCUUACGAGGCUGGCCAGCGUGAUUUUGGCGAGAACUAUGUAAACGAGUUAGCAGAUAAGUGUAUUGAUCCUCUAAUUCUAGAAUCAUGCAACAAUAUUAAAUGGCAUUUCAUAGGCCAUUUGCAAACCAACAAAAUAAACAAACUCCUUGGUUCACCAGGAUUGUUUAUGGUACAAACAGUGCACUCUGAGAAACUGGCUGAUAAUUUAAACAAACAGUGGCUUAAGUUCAGGAAAGGGGAUGAAAAGUUAAAAGUUAUGGUGCAAAUUAAUACAAGCGGAGAAGAAGCUAAAAAUGGAGUGCCACCAUCAGAAGCAACAAACCUGUCGCAGCAUGUCCUCAAUAAUUGCACAAACCUAGAAUAUGUGGGACUUAUGACUAUAGGACAGUAUGAUUAUGAUGUGUCCCAAGGUCCUAACCCAGAUUUUAUUUCACUUGCAAAAUGCAGGGAAGAGGUGUGCAAAAAUUUGAACCUGGAUAUUAAUAAUGUUGAAUUGUCUAUGGGGAUGUCCACAGAUUUUGAACAUGCGAUUGAACUAGGAGCGACUACCAUUAGAGUUGGAUCAACCAUUUUUGGUGCAAGGCCACCAAAACAAGAAAAAACAAACUAGAAAACUGACAACAUUUGAAAAAGAUCUAUAUAGAGUAGUUGAACAUUACCAUAGCCUGUAAAUUUUGCUUAAUUUAUACAAAUAUGUAUGGGCUUCCAAUAAGUGUUAUGAGUCAGUGGGGUUCUUACAGAAAAUAUAAAUAAUAUAAUUCUCUAAAUAUAUUUUUUUAUGAAUAGGUAUAAGAAAAUUGAACAUGUUUCAGCGUCUCGUUUUCAAUAAAGCAGUGAUUUAUAGCAA